AUGUUUAUAAAGAGAAUGUUGAUGGCGCCGUGUCGAAGCCCCUCUGUAUCCAUCCAUGCGUGUGGAGCUGCCGCUAGGUGCUCACAGCGCGGGAGGGGGCAGCCCACCCACCCCCGGGGCACCCACGGGCCCCAGAAUGGGAGCCCCCCUACCCCUAACUGUGAUGAUUUUGCAAAAAUGAAAGUUCUGUUCAUUUAUCCAUUGAGAUCUGGGGAGCCCAUGUCUCUAUUUCUGAUCCUGGCUACUUACCUUGGAGAAAAUAAGUCCUUUUUUCUGGCCUCACUGAUGGCAACAGAAGAAAGGACUUCUCUGCGUGGCCCCCUGCCAGUGGGGGCGGGUGCCCAGGGGCCCCCUGUGGCCUGGGCCCUCUUGCCCAUGGCCAGCUUCCUGCUGAUGAACAUGCUGUUUGUAUUGUUUUAG